AGUCGCGCUGUUCCUCUCUCCACACUUCUCUCUCUUCGAAACCGUUGGAGGAGCUCGACGAAGCUACGCACGACUCCUCGAAACCCUCGAUCUCGUCGCCAUCCCCCUCUGGCAAAACCCUAACCCUUCUCCCUCUCUUCCCCGAAUCUCAGGGCCCUCGAAGAGGAGAAAGAGGAGGAGUAUGAUCCCGCAGCGACGAUCCCUUCGAUCUCGGUAACCCUAGCUCCCCGACCAUGGCCUCGUCUUCUUCCUCCGCACUCAAUUCCCAAUCCCCGAACCUCAAGAGCUACUUCAAGACCCCCGAGGGCCGGUACAAGCUCCAGUACGAGAAGUCGCACCCCUCCAUCCUCGUUCACUACUCCCAUGGCAAAGCCGUCUCUCAGUUGACGAUAGCCUAUUUGAAGGAUAAACCUGCGAAUCAGAGCUCGGCGGCGCCUACGACCCCUACAUCCAGUAGCGGGAUGAGAUCGGCUGCGGCUAGGUUGCUCGGAUCCGGGAACGGGAGCCGGGCGCUUAGCUUCGUUGGUGGAAAUGGGGUGAGUCGGGCCGAGAGCAGUAGGAUCGGAGGGUCGGUAGGAUCAUCAAUAGGUUCGAGUGGUCCUCAGGCCAAUUACGAUGGGAAGGGAACGUAUCUCAUUUUCAAUUUCGCCGACACUCUCUUCAUUAGCGACCUCAAUUCUCAAGACAAGGAUCCGAUAAAGUCAAUCCACUUCAGCAAUUCAAUUCCGGUGUGCCACGCAUUUGAUCCUGAAGCAAAGGACGGGCAUGACUUGCUCAUUGCAGUACAAUCAGGAGAUGUAUACUUGGUGUCACUGAGGCAGCAAUUGCAGGAUCCUGGAAGAAAACUUGUUGCUGCUCAGCAUUAUAACAAGGACGGCACCAUUAAUAAUAGUAAAUGCACUUGUCUUGCAUGGGCGCCAAAAGGUAACGGUGCUUUCGUUGUUGGUCACACCGAUGGAAACUUAUAUAUCUAUGAAAAAAGCAAGGAUGGGACUGCUGAUUGUUCCUUUCCCAUUGUCAAGGAUCAAAUUCAAUUUGCUGUUGCACAUGCUAAGUCGAGUAAGAGCAAUCCAGUUGCUAGAUGGCAUAUUUGUCAAGGUCCAAUUAAUAGCAUUUCGUUCUCAGCAGAUGGGGCGUACUUGGCCACUGUGGGGCGAGAUGGUUAUCUGAGAGUAUUUGACUACUCAAAGGAGCAAUUAAUAUUUGGUGGGAAAAGCUAUUAUGGUGCUUUGCUUUGUUGCACUUGGAGUUUGGAUGGGAAGUAUCUGUUGACUGGCGGCGAAGAUGAUCUUGUACAAGUUUGGAGUAUGGAGGACAGGAAGAUAGUAGCAUGGGGUGAAGGACAUAAUUCAUGGGUUAGCGGAGUUGCUUUUGAUUCCUAUUGGUCUGCACCAAAUUCUGAUGGAACAGGAGACAAUAUUGUGUAUCGCUUCGGUUCUGUUGGCCAGGAUGCUCAGAUGCUUUUGUGGGACUUGUCAAUGGAUGAGAUUGCGGUGCCACUGCGCCAUCCUUCUGGUGGUUCACCUACUUUUAACAGCAGUUUAAGCCAUUCUGCUCACUGGGACAAUAUUUGUCCCAUGGGUACUCUUCAACCUGCACCAAGCAUGCGGGAUGUGCCUAAGCUUGCUCCUCUAGUGGCCCAUCGGGUGCACGUGGAACCACUUUCCGGGUUGAUUUUCACUAAUGAGUCAGUUCUUACCAUUUGCCGGGAGGGUCAUAUUAAGAUCUGGCUAAGACCGGGGGAUACUGCUGAGAGUGGCCCAUCAAACUCCGAUGUGGCAGUUGUAAGCAAUGUGGUUUUGAAGGACAGGUCUAUUGCUAGCUCAUCCUUUAAGGGGAACAAUUCCAGCUUCAAGCAGCAAUCAUCUGUUCUUUUUACGUGAAUGAUGAAGAUUUUUUUUGUCUGUUGGCUUGCAACUUUAAUUUCUCAUCAGCAGCUAAUACAAAGAGGAAAAAAAAAAGCAGCUGUGGUCAUUUAGUAUGUUUUUUCUUAGUGAUGGUUUAGAUUUUGUGAAGGCAGAUGCUUUUAUUUGCAUCUUUUCAUUUUGUGGAGGAGAGUUGGCCAGUGAAGUCCUGGUAUUUGUUUCUGAUUACACAGCAUGUUAAUUAUUCCUUGGUAACAGAGAAUAAUGGGAAUGUAUUCUUCUGUACAGGUAGAAGGUUCAAUCUAUAGGGAGAAAAUAUUAUCAUCGCUUUUUUAGAUACUUCUCAUUGUUUAAUCCUGUUUAGAAUUUUUUAUGUACUGAACUCGCCCUCAA